GGUUAAGGUUUACAAUUAUCAAUGAUGUAAUACCAAACAACAUGAUGCAUGAGUUACACUGCGCAGGGACCCCCUGCCCUUCAGUGAUCAUCCCCACGCGGUAGAUGAGCCGAGGAACGCCUUAGUCAUCCCAAUGGAGACUAGAAUGUGGGUGAUAGCUAAGCCUAGCUACCAUGUACGUACACCAGCCCUCAUGAUGAAAACCCGUUGGAUCCCGCAGGUUCCUGAACGGGCCCACGGAAGAGGCGCACUGGGCCCGACCCCUUGCUGUGGUAAAACUGAUUUCUCCUCAAGAACUCUCAUUGAUUCCAUAUCUAUGUUUGUGAGGCAAUGGUUGGCUGCUAAAAUUCCCAAAAAGCUUAAGGGUGCAGAUGCUUGGCUCAAUGAGAAGAAGUUACUGCCUUUCUUCCCUAAGGCCCAUAAAAUUCGAGUUGUUAAGUGGUUAGCUCCUCCUAAGGGGCGCCUCAAGCUUAACAUUGAUGCAUCCUUCACCUCUGGGUCCAAACGUGGUGCAGCGAUUCUUCGAGAUGAUGAGGGCAGAUUUGUGCGUGCGUCUUCCUUUUCAGUCUCUGGUUCAUCCCCCUACCAAGCCGAACUAGACACCUCCAUCAAAGGUAUUAAAUGGGCUCUCAACCUUCAUCAUCUUCUUGUUUAUGAAACUGAUGCCUUGGAGAUUUUGAAGAGAAUUGGAUAUUACACGUAUUACACUCAUUCUCCUUUUCCGAUAGAUACCUUAGCCAAACUGAUUCAUGAGAAUGACGUCUGGCGCUCACAUACCUUGCGGGAAGACCGAGCUCCUCCUCCUAAAGCUGGCAUGUAUGAAGUAGACCAAUUCACAACCCUCAAGGCUAGUAUGGAGAGCAUCGUGAAACAAGCUAUCAAGGAACACCUCGGAGCUUCCCAUCCACGUCCUAAUUUGUAUACUGAACCAGUGAAUCAAGCUGAAAUCUAUGGUUCUGGUAGUCACCACCAGUCAGAUCUUGUCUUGUCUUGUGAGCACUGCUUUCAAAAUCAUCUUUCCUCUGCUUGUCCCUUGAUUGAACCACCCCAUCCGAGUAAGGCUAAAGACCUUAAUCUAGCACAAUACGCGAAUAAAGGGGAAGGGCCUUGGGCCCAGAACAAUCAGGAGCAAUGGCGGGAAAGAAACAACUUUCCAAGAAAAAUCAUCCCAGGGAUGACUAUAAACAGGGAAGCAGAAAGUAUGGCUAACUGGGCCCAGGAAUGCUAUGAAAAUGAGCCUUCUGAGAUUAACAGGGUCAAUUUCAACAAGGCUAAAGCAGAACUCUUAUUGGCCACAGAUUAUGAAUACCAUUUUUGGAAGCAGAAAGCUAAUAUUAGAUGGAUGGAAGAGGGUGAUUCUAAUUCUAAAUUCUUUCAUGCUUUUGUUAAAGGUAAGAGAAGCAGAUCAAUUAUUAGAUCCAUUGAGGAUGCUAAUGGAACUCUGAUUUCCAAUCUUGGAGAGAUUAAAAACAUAGCCAUUGAUCACUUCACUUCUCUUUUCUCUACCAGGAAGCAAAUUUCUGUUAAUUCAAUUCUGGAGUAUAUGGAAGCAGGCAUUUAUGAGGAAGACAACACCUACCUUACCUCUCUACCUACAGGGGAAGAAAUAAAAGAAAUAGUAUGGAGUCUUAAUCCAGACAGUGCUCCAGGUCCAGAUGGGUUCAAUGGUAAGUUCUUUAGGAGCUGUUGGCACAUUAUCAACAAGGAUGUUAUUAGUGCCACUCAUGAAUUUUUCCUUGGAGUUCCAGUCCCAACUAGCUAUGGCAGUACCUUCCUCAGCCUUAUUCCAAAAAUAAAUGAUCCUAGACAGUUUGGGGAUUACAGGCCUAUCUCUCUUUCCACCUUUAUGAGCAAGAUUAAUACUAAGAUCUUAGCAAACAGAUUACAGAAACUCCUUCCUAAAGUGAUCUCUGCUGAACAAACUGGCUUUCAAACUCAUAAGGGGAUUGAGGAACAAAUACUUCUCACAGAAGAAAUGGUUCACAAGAUUGAUAGUAGCACCAGGGGAAGAAAUGUUGUUAUCAAACUUGACAUGGCCAAGGCAUUUGACAACAUGGAAUGGGACUUUAUUAGAGUUAUGCUUAAUAGUAUGGGGUUUUCCUUACAGUCCACUCAACUCCUUUUAGCUAACCUGCAAGCUACUCACAUCUCUAUUUUGAUUAAUGGGAGUCCCUGUGGUUUUUUCAAAAUGGCAAGGGGGGUGAAACAGGGAGAUCCUUUAUCUCCAUUACUUUUUAUCCUUGCUAGUGAAGGCCUGAGCAGAAUGAUUAUGAGUCAAAUGGAGUCUGGAACUAUUGCCAACUACAAUACUGGUAGGGACAUUCUUGUGAGUCACCUAGCUUUUGCUGAUGAUAUUAUUAUUUUCAGUAACGGAGAUGGGAAGAAUCUUAGAAAACUAAAGAAGUGUCUCACAAUAUACAUGGAUGCCUGAGGCCAGGAGGUCAACUAUUCAAAGAGCGGGUUUUACUGUGGCAAAAAGUGUACUACAGUAGACAUCAAUAAGAUAAGUUCUAUACU